CAGGCUCCAUGCAGGGAGCCUGACGUGGGACUCGAUCCCAGGACCCCGGGAUCACGCCCUGAGCUUAAGGCUGUGCUAAACCACUGAGCCACCCAGGCUCCCCAAGUUAGACUUUUAAAAGUGGAUGGACACCACACAUUUCGCUUUUAUUUCUGGCUUCUGACCAGGCUACUUCAGCUUGUCUCAUUUGAGUUCUGAAACGGUCAAGAGAUGAAUAAAUGGGGACGAUGCAAAUGCAGUCAUAGGUGGCCACUGUAGUGCUAGGGCUGUGGUCCUUACGGCGUGUUCUGUGACCCACUGAUGACAAUGUGCGGGGCGUUUGUCCCCAAGCCCUCGCCAGGCCGGCGAGCCCCACUGGUGUCAGUUUGAUCUUUGGUAUGAGCCCACCAGACUUCUUCAGGAGGAGCUCUACAGUGGGUACCCUGAGACACUUGGACAGGGGGACACCAGACAUUCGUUCCAUCUUCAGACCUAGCUGCUGUACUGCCACAGGCCUGUGCACUACAAGGCAGGCAUUCUGGAAGCGUGUUUUUUGCAUCUCCCGUUAAGAGAAGAAAAGCAACACGCGGUGUGUGUAUUCUUGUAUGUGAGGCAUCUUGAGUCAAGAUCACACAAGAUUGCUCACUCAUCAGCGAGCUACGUAAACAUCCCCCUAAACCCAAGCUAUAUAGGCGCACCCUCCUACCUGUCCACCUGGUCCCCCAAAUGCUCGCGUCCCUUAUGCACCACCUGAGACCGGCAGGCGGAGAGGAAAGGGGGUGGACAUAACCGAGUGCAAUGACGGUGUCUUUGGCAAAUUUCACCAAAGCACAGGGCUGCGCCAGCUUAAACCUGGUUAUCAAGUUCAAAGGCGAGGCCUGCCGGAUAGCACCCGGCCUGGGAAGACGGCGGCGAGCGGUGUUCACGCAGCUGACGGCACCAGGAGGGGACAUGAUGUCAUCCGGAGCGCACUCUAAGGACGCAGUCUGCUUUCUGAGGUGUGCUUGCUGAAAAUACAUCAGACCCAACGUGAGGGAAAUUCUUUAAAAACAAAACCAAGCCCUACCAGUUUUCUUAAAAGGGCCAAGGCGAUGCAAGGUAGAGCAGCGAUUCCAAAAAGGCCACCUGGCAAGGGAACGCGCCGCACGACCCUAGAACGCGGCCCGGGGCAGCGAAAGGACGUGCGCCGGGUGACUGGCCAAGUUGGACGGGGCCCUGGAUCGCAGCCCGGUGCGGAUGAUUUUAUCCAUUCAUUCAUGAGAGACACAGAGAGAGAGGCAGAGGGAGAAGCAGGCUCCCCGCAGAGAGCCCGACGUGGGACUCGGUCCCGGGACUCCAGGAUCACACCCUGGGCCGAAGGCAGGUGCCAAACCGCUGAGCCACCCGGGCCGCCCUUGCCCGCCAAAUCUUAAGCCCUCAAAGCUCAAGUGGAGCCCAACGUGGGCCCAAAUUCAAGACCCUGAGACCAAGACCUGAGCUGAAAUCAAGAGUCAGCCAUCUAACGGACAGGGCACCCCCCAGGACCUAGCAACCGAGAACUUAGAAGUGGGCUGGCAGUGGCCCAAUAGGAGAGAAGAUGCCAACUACCCAAAGACAAAAGGAUUACCAAGUUUCGGAGGCGGAGAACUCCAGUGGAGUGGCUGAAAGUGGAUCCCCCUUGGAGCCAAAAACAGACAGGCCUCCAGGGUAUGCAGCCACCAUGCUAUUGCUCAUCAACAGCACCAAUCGCCAGAUGGCGGGCUUCACCAUAGCCACUGUGGGAUGGAUCCUCACCACCACAUCCACGGGCCUCGUGGAGUGGCGAGUGUGGUACAUGAACAACUCCUCUCUCUCUCCCUCUGGCCUGGUCUGUGUGGGAAUGUGGAAAGUCUGCAUUUACCAAUAUAUCACCAACUUCAACAGAGCCACGUUGUGUCAUCGCUAUACCUACCACGAUACUUACCUGCCUCUUGAUAUCUGUAUUUCUCAAAAUCUCCUGCUGGUCGCCACCAUUCUGGGCCUUUUGGGAAGAGCCGCCAUCAUUUUUGCACUUAGGAAUGUGUACAUGGGAAUUCAUCAGGACGCCACCUUCAACCAAUUUAUUGUUUCAGGGAUUCUGAAUGUGGUUGCUGGUGUCUGUAUCUCAAUCACUGUGGUCUGGAAUUUCUACUCCGUGAUAAACGAAGAGGGUAUCACCUUCCCACCAUCUCUCUAUAUACCCUUCAAGCCAGAUAGUCAGGAAAUUGGCAGUGCCCUUCUGGUGGCAUGUCUGGCUGCCUUCAUGAUGCUGUUAAGUGGGCUGCUUUUCCUCUCCUACAAGCACCCCCUGGCCAGACAAAUACAUCCUGAAACUUCAGAGACGUAGAAUUCCUGCUUGCCUUGGCUUUGCGAAUCCAACAUGACCAAGAGUUUAUGAGAAGUAUUAGCAAAAAAAAAAGAGAAGUAUUAGCAGAAUGUUCUAUUAAAUAUUUCCAAAGAUUCAAGACCAUGGCAAAGGUAGUUUUAGGCAGGAAGUGGCCAUCAAUUUCCUUCCUUUAUCUUCUGUGUCUUUGUUUUACUGACGCACCAGUUCAUUGAUUGAAGAAAUUUCACUUAAAAAAAAAUCUUUCUCACCAGCCAGUUGGUCUUCUUGGAUCUGAAUUUUAACUAUUGCUGAAUAAAUAAUCAAUCCAUAAACCUA